AUGGGUGACAACUCAGACACCAAAGGCACAAAACGCCGCAGCGCAGAGAGUUCCGAAGAUUCGAGGAAGAAGACGAAGAUGGGCGGCGUUUCGUUGAAGACCGGCGGCGAGCAGUACAAUCCGUACCUUGCGCAUAUGGCUGCCGAUGGCGCAUCGAACGGCGAUGGCGACGUACCCGCGAACUCGCCUUUCGCGGGCUUUAAGCGCCGCGCGACAACAUCUCAGCAGGCGGAGAAGGUUGAGGAUAUGGAUGUGAAUCCUUUCACCAACAAGCCUCACACAACGCAGUACUUCAACAUCUUGCAGACUCGACGAGACCUCCCGGUACACAAGCAGAGACAGGAAUUCCUUGACAAAUAUCACUCCAGCCAAAUCCUUGUCUUUGUUGGAGAGACGGGUUCCGGAAAGACAACCCAAAUUCCUCAAUAUGUCGUCUACGACGAGUUGCCCCAGCUCAACAAGAAGCUCAUCGCUUGUACCCAGCCCCGCCGAGUCGCCGCCAUGUCAGUCGCUAGCCGCGUGGCAGACGAGAUGGACGUCGUGUUGGGUGAAGAGGUCGGAUAUAGUAUUCGAUUUGAGGAUAUGACCUCGUCGAAGACGAUCCUCAAGUACAUGACCGACGGUAUGCUUCUACGGGAGGCUAUGCACGAUCACGAAAUGUCGCGCUACAGCUGCAUUAUUCUCGAUGAGGCCCACGAACGUACCCUUGCCACCGAUAUCCUGAUGGCGCUUCUGAAGCAGAUCGCGAUUAGGCGUCCCGAACUGAAGAUCAUCAUCAUGUCGGCUACCCUUGAUGCGCAGAAGUUUCAGAAGUAUUUCCACGACGCGCCUCUUUUGGCAGUCCCUGGUCGAACGCACCCCGUGGAGAUUUUCUACACCCCCGAGCCUGAGCGGGACUACGUCGAGGCGGCCAUCCGAACGGUUUUGCAGAUUCACGGAUCCGAGCCUGAUGGCGAUAUCCUUCUGUUCCUGACUGGUGAGGAGGAGAUCGAGGACGCUUGCCGAAAGAUUUCGAUCGAGGCAGACGAGAUGAUUCGCGAAAUGGGUUGUGGUCCUCUCGCCGUCUAUCCUCUGUACGGUUCCCUACCCCCCUACCAACAGCAGAAAAUUUUCGACAAACCUCCGCCUCCCCUCCGCAAAGGCGGAAGGCCUGGUCGCAAAUGCAUCGUGGCUACCAACAUCGCCGAAACCAGUUUGACCAUUGACGGUAUCGUCUAUGUUGUGGAUCCCGGAUUCAGCAAGCAGAAGAUUUACAACCCACGCAGCCGCGUCGAAUCCCUCCUCGUUUCUCCCAUCUCAAAGGCCUCAGCGCAGCAGCGCGCUGGUCGUGCCGGUCGUACCAAGCCUGGCAAGUGCUUCCGGUUAUACACGGAAGCCGCUUUCAAGAAGGAGCUCAUUGAGCAGACAUAUCCCGAGAUUCUCCGAUCCAACCUGGCUAACACGGUCCUCGAGCUCAAGAAACUUGGUGUCGAUGAUCUAGUGCACUUUGACCUCAUGGACCCUCCUGCCCCCGAAACCAUGAUGCGUGCGCUAGAAGAGCUGAACUACUUGGCAUGCCUUGAUGACGAGGGUGAGCUCACCACCCUUGGCAGCAUGGCUUCUGAGUUCCCUCUUGAUCCCGCGCUCGCGGUCAUGCUUAUCUCAUCACCCGAGUUUUACUGCUCCAACGAGAUUCUCUCGAUCACGUCGCUCCUUUCCGUGCCCCAGAUCUUCAUGAGACCGGCGAACAACCGAAAGCGUGCCGACGACAUGAAGGCCCUAUUUGCCCACCGCGACGGAGACCACUUGACGCUCCUCAACGCAUACCACGCCUUCAAGGGUCAAGCAAACAACCCCGAGGCCGAUGUGAAGAAGUGGUGCCACGAGCAUUUCCUUUCGUACCGUCAUCUUUCCAGCGCCGACAAUGUGCGCACGCAGCUCAAGCGUAUCAUGGAGAUCCAAAACCUGGAGUUGGUAUCCACGGACUUUGGUGACCCCGACUAUUACACCAACAUCCGCCGUUGCCUCCUCACGGGCUUUUUCAUGCAAGUGGCGAUGCGGAAUCCUGCCGCGAAGGUAUACUGCACGAUUAAGGACAACCAGGUCGUGCGGCUCCAUCCUUCGACCGUGCUCAAGAUGGACCCCGAUUGGGUCGUCUACCAUGAGUUUGUCCUGACGUCACAGCAGUACAUUCGCACCUGCACCUACAUCAAGCCAGAAUGGCUACUUGAAAUUGCCCCUGUCUAUUAUGACAUAGACACCUUCGAGCCCGGCGAGGUUCGUUCAGCGCUUAUGCGAGUGGUCGCCAGGAGGAAGCGUCGGGAGGAAAUUGCCCGCAACCCUCGUUAG